CGAAGUAGACGGAGAAGACUUUUUCGAGUUCGAUUUUUUAACGAUCAACUCGAUAAUACCAAAGCUGAAGACGUCCUAGGAAAGGCGUUAAAAAAAUUCCCGCCUAAAAACGUUGUCACGUGGCUACUAGCCGUGCCUGGUUACAUUGUCACAAACGGUGAAUUGAUCAGAUAGUGUGGAGCGGUAUGAAGUAAAGAAAGCGCCAAGCGUACAAGAACUGCUCAAAAUAUAUAUUACAGCUUAUGCCGUACAAGCUUUAUACGCACAGAAGAAAGGAAUUUUGAAUCGCACGGAGAUGAUAAAACUGCUUACUAGUCCGCUACACAGCCAUUUUUAACUUACUUGUUGAAAGAUCGUAAUAAGCCAUAAAUGAUAAGCUUAAAUGUUUGUAUUAUAAUGUUUGACUUUUUGUUCUUGUUUCUUGGUAGACCUUCGAUGUCAAUGGUUGUCGGCAGCCAGAUAAUAACUCGAGCCCUGGCAGAAAACGAAGCAGUGAGAGUGUGGAAUGUGCCGCUGAUCGUGAGUCUUCACCCGAAUAUCAGCCAAAAAGGCCGCGGAAAAGUGUUUCUCCAUGCAAGUCUCCAAGACGAAGUCCGCCGAAAAGUGCAUUCACUCCUAGGCGAAGCCCGCGAAAAAGUGUGUCUUCGCCGAAGUGUCAAAACCGAAAGUAUGCCACUAACUCGCGGGAGAUCGAGAGAACAAGAACUCCUGUUGGCAAAAAGGUAAUGUUCCUUUUUUUUUCUCUUGUAACCCCGAGGGGAGAGAUCCUCAGGAAGAGUUAUAAACGGAGAGGCCCAACCCCUUCCCCUUUUAUGUACUAUUUUUAACAGAUAAGGUACCCCUAUUUUAUACCUUCUAUUGAGAAAUGGUACCCCAUUUAACUUAUGUAGUUUACAACUUUGACGUGAUCUCCGUACCCUUUUGUAUAUGCUUACUUUAACUAGUGAAUAACUCCUUCCCCCUCCCCUCCCCUCUUGCUAAUGGCUGGAUAGGAGACUUGGCAUGCCAUGCUUAAAUAUAUUCCGCAUGUCAUAUUUCUAGGAUUCUCCAGGAUCAGCAGGUGGUCAUGACUCCCCAAAUAAAUCAUGGCUGAACAAGUUUGCAAUACCAACAAGGGUAAGGCAUUUUAGUCCCAUUUUUUUAACUACAUAUAUCAAGCCAUCAAGAAAGUUCUACAAAAAUGUAUGAACGAUAUUUUUACGUAUAAGUAUCAAGAACAGCAUUUGUUUCUUUUUUUAUGGCAAUGAAUUGAAUGCGUUCAGUUUAACUUUGUGUCUUGCUUUAUAAAACAUAAAAAUGAAUCUAAAAUGAUAAAUAAGCUUUAAUUGACCAGAGAAUCUGUAUUAAAUCUCCCAAAUUACACAACUAAAAAUGUGAAGUUUUCGGUAUUUUCUUGUUUUGAUCCUCUUGGAGAGCUGAACUGUUGAUAAAGAGACUUAAGUUUUUUUAGUGUGAGUGCUUUCUUCUUUAUCUUGGGUAGAUGACUUUCUGUGAAUUUGAAGGAAAAAAUAAGGUAUGCCAAUCGUUAAAGAGAGGCUUAACUCCAGCAGAAGCCGUUGUUUUGUCAAGGCAAGAUUUAAUUGCUUGCCUACUGGCAAUUUCCUUGCUGAGGUUGUCACUUGGGGCAGCCUUGCUUGGGCUAUAAUCUGCAGCUUGUGGGUUUUUGCUUUCUCUUUUGACCUGGCUCACCUGUGUGAUACCAAAUUCAAAAUUAAUUCACUAUUUCAAACAAUAUUUGCCUAAUUCUAGACAUUUGAGCUGAAACACCAUGUGGAAGCAACAUGCAGUGAACAAGUUCAGUGCUCCAAGAGUGGAAUGAAAAAGAGAAAAAGCAGACAAAGGAAGAAUCGCAUUAAUAGAAAAAAACUCUCAACUUUUUUGCAAUCCAGUGCAGCCAAAAUAGUUAACGAAAAAGUAAUUGAACUUGAGAAUAACUGCAAGAGUGCCAAGCAAGUAGCAAAUGGCUACUUUUAUAAAUGGAAGAAAACAAAAGAGGAAAAUAGUAGACUUCUUUAUUCUGCUAGCAGUAAUUUUAAGGAAGAAGAUAUUCCUAAAAGCAUGAUAAUUAAGAGAGAUUUGCUUGAAGUGAAAGGUGACAAAAUAUUAGGAAAGGGGACCUUUGGGAGUUGCUAUAAGGGCAAAUAUAAAGAUAUAAAUGUUUGCUUAAAAUUUUUUAAUGAAAAACAUUUUCUGAGAUCCAACCUAAUUAAUGAAGUCAAAGCCAUGUUAAACCUUAUUCCUCACUCUAGUUUGCCCCUGCUAUUUGGGAUUUGCUUAGAACCAGAUCCUAUUUUGAUAACCCAAUUUAUUGGUUUUAAGAAAGAAAGUGUAACUUUAGACAACUUUUCCGGGAGACUUAAAACAAUGAAAUUGUCACAGUCCUGUUCACCAGAUCAUCUGUUUCUGACAUUGAUUGAGGGUGUCAAUGCAAUUCACCUUUCGGGUUAUAUUCAUAAUGACUUGAAGCCUAAUAAUAUCAUGGUGGAAGAAAGAGGCAUUCAUUAUAAUGCUGUGGUCAUUGACUUUGGAAAAGCAUGCCCACUUCACAAAGGAAAAUUUUACAAGUUAUCAAAUAAAGUUGAAAAGCAGAAAUAUUUAGAAAGGUACCCUCAUUUGGCACCUGAACUGGUUGCUGGUGAUUCACCACAAAGUGAAUCAACCGAUAUUUAUUCACUAGGUCAUACAAUAAACAAAGUUUUAAGUGAAAAAUUUGGUGAGAGUGUUCACCACAUUAAAGAAAUUUCGUUAAGCUGUAUGAGCAGACAGCCUUGCAGUAGACCAGGACUUAAUUAUUUUAUUGACUACUUGUCACGAAAAACAGCAUGUUCUUUGAAGGCUGCAAAGAGCCAGUUAUUUACCUUAACUUAAAGUAGAGGUAGUCUUUAAUAAGGUAGAGUCUAUAUUAUGUCUGAAGUUGUGCCUGGUUUAUGACUUGGAAAUAUAUUAUUUUUGUAAAUAUAAAUUUGCAACAUCCUGAAUGAGUUAUUGGAAGUUAAAAAAAUUAAACCAAUUUUAUGUGGAUCAUGAUUGGUUUGUUUGGUCUGUUUUAACACUUAGUGGGAACCUGAUGUUGAGCAAGGGCUUGCAAAGGGUGACCUCUCACCAGAACAGCAAAAUUCCCUGGUUCGCCAGCUCUGCACUACUAUCAUGGCUCAGACAGAAGUCUUACGAUUUAGUGAGAGGGAGCAUAUUGCCAUGCUGCUGGUCAACCAGUACCCGUUUCUUAAGGGGUCAUUUGGUGCAGGCCAUGUAAGUAUUUUUAUAAAAAAAAUUAUUGGUCCUUUUAUUGGCAGGAGUAAAUAGGAAUUCAUCUAUUUCACAGAGACACAUGUUUAAUAUAAACAGCCAUUCUUGCCACAGUGUAAAGAAUGAUGAGAACUUUACACAAGAACAACAUGAUCCGGUAAACUAGUUUCAGGCUCCUAUCGGCUAUAUGGAACUCAGUGCCCAGUCCUUAUAGUAUAAUAAUAUUCUCCUCUAAGGAGAUGUUCUACAACUCACACAAUUUGUCUGAUAUUAUCCUUUACCUGGUUUAAGUUCAACAACAGUUACAGUGCAAAACUGACCAAAGUUUUACAGUUUAAAACUGCAAGGUAACAUUUACAUGUACAUGGGGGGUAAUAUUUUUUGGGAGGGUAAAGGCAAUAGACCCUUCCUGUAUUGCUGGUACAUUGGAGGACAAUGUCCUUUAUCCAACUGUUCAUUUUUUUUGUGCAGUCUUAAAUGUAGUGAGAUAUUCUGCAGUUUCCAACAGUUUAUAUCACAGUUAUUAUAACGUAUUGAGAAUAGAUACGUCAUAUAAUAUUAUCAGAUUAUGACUAAGUUUUCUCUUGAAAUUUUCAACCUUUCACUCUAGCAAAUUUGGUCAAAAAAGAUUAUGAAUCGGAUGGCCAAUGUAUUGAAACGUGCAUCAAGACAAGCCAAAAAACAACUGUAUCAAUCAGUGGGUGAGACAGAGGGUGCUCUAAAGGGAAAACCAGGACGUAAAAAACAAGUGUCAAAAGCGAGCGUUGUCCCUGGAAUUCCUGAAGGGGAGACAAUUGAUACCCUGGAGGAGCAGAAACAACAACUGCAAGAAAUUUGCCGUAAAGGAUCACCAGACCUCAGUACCCUUCAUAUGCUGAUGGAUACCACUUUUCCUUUAAGGAGACGAGAUGUAUUACUGAACAAUGUAAGAGUGUGGAAACUUCUAAAAGAGUAUCCUCCUUUAGAGAAUGGCAAUGGAAGUGAGGUGAGUGUUUCCUUGGUAAUGUUUUAACUCUAAGGCAUAGAAUUAUGUGUGUAAACUAAGACUGUCCAAUACAGCUGUAACUGUUUUAUGUGACACAUAUAUGUACAUGUAAGUUAUCGUAAUAGCACGUAAGUAUGUUUAAGCAUGUGAUAGCCUAGCCAUAUGAGAAAAAAUGUUCACUUGUACAGCUGCAGAGCAGUUCAGCGAAGGUUUGAACACACAAAUAUUAUGAAUUUUAAUGCUGUUGUGGUCUCUUGCUCUUUUUUAUACAAACAUACUAAAGUGGAGACACGAUAAUGUUGAAGGAGAAAUUAUUUCUCAUAAUUAUGAUAUUCUUAAGUCAUACUAGUUACCAUUAUUGUUAUAGGGUACAACUGCAAGCUGAAAAGACAAGUAACAAGAGGCCUUAUUUAACAGCUGCUCUAAAUCCUUUUUUGUAUCUUUAGGUUACUGUCAAUGUGAAUUGCAUUGCACUGUAUCCCUUUAUUGACAAACACAUUAACUGGGGUGUUAUUUUUCAGAUACGAUCAGAACUGCAAAGAAUUUUGGGUGAGGAGGAUUGCUGCAAGGGCAGGAAAACUGCAUUCCUUGAUACAUGGAAGCAAAAGCUUUUGAAGCUUCUUAAACAGUCCAGCACAAAAGAAGUGCAAAACUUGCUGCGCAUUAUUGAUGACAAUGAUUCAGAGGAUGAAAAAGGUAACUCUAGAACUGGUGUACAAAAGAUAUAAUAAUACGCACCUUUCCAAAGUUUUGAAAAACCAGUAGUGCAAACAUGAGGGGUAUGUUAGAGCCAUCUAAAUUUAGCCUUAAGCCCUGUUGGGGUUCAACUGUAUUUAUAUAUAUAUUUUUUAUUUUCAGAAAUUGAAAACCGUUGCAUCAUGGCAGCAUUGCCCCACUUAUUGGGAGAAAGAAAAACUGCAAAACAUCAUCCAGGUGUUCAAUUCUGGACAUUUGUGGCGGUAAGUUUAUAAAAUUAAUUUGUUUCUGCAUUGCUGACAAUAAACUGUGCCAGUUAUGUAUGUAUUUCAGGUUAAUUUUGAUUUAACUUAGGUUGAUUCUCAUGUCCUUUGUUUCCUAGCCCUAAUUCAUAUAUGUCUAAAGUAGCUUUAUUUACCAACUUUCUCCCUUGUAGUCCUUAUCUAAUUGGCAUAUACCAUAUUCAUGCUAUCUGUUUAUUUAUGGGUUAGUGAUUAUGUUAAACUUGCAACAAAAUUCACUCAGUAAACAGUCUCUCCACUACCCACCUAGAUUAGCUCUAGCUAUUUUGUGGGCUAUUGUUAGUUAGUGUUGGAUACUUUGCAUAAUCUCUCAAUAAACUUUUGAACUUUGAAUUGCGGGUUCAGUAAAAUCACGGCAAAUGGAUGAAGGAAUUCCAGGGGAAAUCGAUUUUUGGUUUCGGUUUGCAUUGGUUCGAGUUAUCCUGAGUUGACUGUAUCCUGAAGAAAUGAAAAGCAUUUGCUUUAUAAGGAAUGACUAGGAUUUACAAUUUCAUGAAUUUUUUUUUUUUUUCACAGAAUGAUUCAGAUGUGAAUGCAGAAAAUGAGAUACAUGCAACAACAGCGCCCCGUCUCAUUUCAAUGGGGGCAACAAUUGAUGAUGUUCAAUCAUUGGUGUUGGCAGCGGAAGGAAUGGUUGUCUGUCGUUUCAAAAAAAUCAAUAUUUUGAGUGCAGUUGUCACCUUACUUGCUAGUUAUUAUGUCUUCAAUGCGGACUAUCCGAAAGGUCAUGGUGGUCAUAGCAAGAAUGUGUAUCUAUUUCUUGAGUACAUUUUGUUGCAAAGGAGCAGACAUGCACUGCCGAUAAAUGCUGAAGCAGUGGUAGGCAAGUUGAAAUAG